CUCAGAAUACUUUCUUUCCUCGAACGCAGCAGACCUGCCUACCUUUUCACGUAAACUAGAAAUCUGAGAGAUAAAACAAGUUACAAGUCAGGUCGAUUUUUAAAGAAGUGAUUUAUAAUAAAAGAAACAGAAUACUUUUUGUGUGCUUUCUAUAAAGUAAAUUUUAUAUAGGAAUUUAUUGACAUUGCUUGUGUGUGUGUAGGUGUGUGAAAGUAGCAAGUGCAGAUACUUGAGCUAUUCUCCGGUGGCCUUUUAAUUCAAUGGAUUCCCAAACGUGCUUAAGUGUUCCCCGAAUGCAUCGAUAAUUCGCUCAUGCGGCCAAUUUACUCAAUUUACACUUGUUCUUUUACAGCUAGAACAUCAUGGCGACGAGGAAUCUGUUGGCCAUCCUUCUUUUGGCCAGCAUCUGCAUGACCCAGGCAUAUCCGGCUUUGUUGCCCUACAUCUACAAUCCUUCCAAGCGCAGCGGUGAUACGGCUUUCCCCCAAAUCGAGGACGAUGUAAGUGAACUGGACCAGCUGCGGAAUGAACCGGGAGCGGUGAUGGCCAAGCGUCAGCACGAUGGAAGUACAGCCCGCACCACCACUACCACCAAGGAGAGUGUCGAGGAGGUCGCCGCUGUUCCCGAGCCAGGUGCACAACCAAAUGCGAAUAUUAUGCCCGACUUGGAGAGGCAGUUGGAGGUGGCGACGCCUCUGAUUUCCACCACUACAACCACUAGCACGUCGGCCACCACCACUACGGCGACGUCCAAGGAGGAGGGCGAAAGGUCCCAGCUGGAGGAGCCGAAGACGCAGAUCAAAACCGUAGUGGAGCCGACGGCCCAUGCGAAGGCAUUUUACGGGGCGGCUCGUCUAGCUUUUGGCCAAAAUCCAGAGGUGCUACCAACGACCACCACAACAAGCACCACAACCACUACCACGACUACGACGGCAGCUCCUCCAACUGAAACCGAGCCAGAAGGGGAUUCCCAAUCACCAGCCGAACAGGAACCGGAAGCUAAACAAACGGAACCGGAAACGGAAACCGCUCAAGAUGUGGCCGGAGAACCAGUGGAAGCGGUAGAUCCCGUCGGCGACGUUGCCGAAACCGAACUGACCGCCCUGAAUACGCCCAAAUCCAAACAGAAUCACCAUGAGUCCAACAAGGAGACCAUCGGAGACAUUGUCUUCGAUGUUGUGGCCCGAACCACGGAGCGAAGAUCCAUCACGCCAAAGAUAACGGCCAAGAACGCCAAAAGCUUCUUGCGUAGUCCGAAUGGUCAGUACUCUUCGUUCGACAUGGCCCAGUAUAUUUUUUGGACUGGAGAUGAAACAGCUGUGGUAAAAGCCGUGGAAGAACUGGUUGAGGGGAAAGUGAUCACUCGGGAGAGCGCCCUGAAGUUCCUGCAGGACAUUCGGCUGGGAAUAGAGUUCUUGCAGCGGUCCUAUGCCAAUCGAAUUUUCCCCGAAGAGGUUCGCCAGAAUCAGUUAAAGCGCCACAGUCCCGCCAUUACCACGCCCCCAGCAUCCACUACGACCACGACGACAACAAGCACCACCACAACCACAGAAAAGCCAUUCCCAGCAGUGCACGAAUCCGGUUCGGAAUCAGGAAUCGAGCGAGGCGCCGCAGGAGUCCUGCCCGCGAAGAGCUUCGAUAGCUUCACCUUCUGGAACAAACUCAAAGUUUUGGACAGCGAGGCACAGCAAGAUUUGAAUGACUAUGAUGAGGGUCGGGCCAAGAUUGUCGAGUACUUGUACAAUGAAUACUCCCUGGAGGAGAUCCUUUACAAACUGGCAAAGGUAAUGUUUGCUCAAUCGCUUUCGCAUGGCUCCGAUGAGGCCCAAAUGGAGCUGCAGAAGCUUACGGAAUUUCUAGAGCGCGAGGGUAACAUGGGUGUCAUACCCAUCGACUUGCAAAAGAAGGUUUUAAGAGUUUUGCUGAGCGCAUUGUCGGACACCCUGACCGAACAUCCGGAGUUUCUGCCGGCGGCGCGGGUUAAUCUGGCCAACCCAUUUUACAGGCUUCCAAUACACGCCCCUAGCCAAUAAAGACACAUUGGGCGGCCAUCUCAGAUUAAUAGAAACCCCUAUAAAUAUAUAUAUGUUAACCCGCAUAAUUCGCAUCAGCUAAAUGGCAAGCAUAUACCCACUGAUCGGCGCUACUCUGGGGAGGCGCUCUCUCGGAUCUUCGAUCCAACUCGACCUAAUUAAGUUCAUCCGAUCGAUUGGCACCUUUCACCUUCGUUUACGGAUUAGCCUACGUGUAAUAUAGCAAAAGAUACUCAAGUGAUAUUUUGUGGUCAGGUGGAGUCGGCGGCAGAUGCAGGUAUCACCAAACCAAAUCAAAAAAACUAAAGACACAACUGAUGAGAGAGACUUGCGCCCCUUUGAGCUUUUAAAAUUAAUAUAGACUAUCUAUAUGUAUAUGUCCAUAUGUCCAUAUGUCGAUAUGCAUACGAAUUGGCGCACUUGCUUAUAUUUGAUAUGAGUUUGUUAGUUAGAUACAUUCCGAGGUUGAGAUGUCGAGGUCGCUGGCAAAAUCGAUGGGCCACCAGAAACGACCGAUUUGAAGCAGGAAAGGGCUCUGAGUCCGCCUAUAUCAGUAGCUAAUAUGGAUAUAACUUGUAACCGCUCCACAGACGAGCGACUUUCGUGAAUAGUUAUUAUUCUAUUUGUUGUCCCCCUCCCUGAAUAAUUGAGCGUUACAGGCAUUAUUGAUGGAUUGGUUAAACGAUUGAUUGUGUUGCGAGUUACAUAUACGAUAUGCAAGUAAGAACUAGAACCUGUAUCAACAAAUUAUCGAUUAUACACUCAAUAUACAUAAAUAUAUAUAUAUAUAUAU